UUCCUGUGUAUCUGCUCCAGGGCAGGUGUCACUCUUGGAGAGGAUCGCUUCUUUUGUUGCAUUUACACGUGGAAUGUACCCUGGGCCCAGAGGAGAGCCUGGCACGUGGUAGGUGGUCUUGAAUGAAGAAGUGACUGCUACAUUAAUGCGUACCUCAAGGAAUGAAUGAAUGAGCGAACGAAUGACCCGGAGCACGGCCUAGGCACCUCUCCGCUCCUCGGCCCCAUCGCACCGCGGGCCUGGGUGAAGCCCAGGUGUGCGCUGGGAGCCACGGGCCCCAACCACCUCCUACGGCGGCCGGGAGGAGCCAGGCAGGCUCAGGGCGGAAAAGCCGUCCUGGCUGCUGCCAGACCCUUGCGCACGCAGGCGCGGGCACUGACGCUUCCGGGAGGUCACUUCCUCCCCCGUCUCCUAGCAACGGCUGGAAGCGUUGUUGACAUCCCCGGCAGCUGUGGCGUCGGACUGAGCCCAGAGCCUCGCAGCCCGCGUGAUGGCAUUCCAAUCAGAACAACCUUGGACAACUCGACAACCGUUCAAUAUGCAGGUCUUCUUCAUCAACUGACAAUGAAAGCCAAGAGCACAGUUCGUGAUAUUGAUCCUCAGAACGACUUAACUUUUCUUAGGAUCAGAUCAAAGAAACAUGAAAUCAUGGUAGCUCCAGAUAAGGAAUAUCUCCUGAUUGUCAUUCAGAAUCCAUGUGAAUAGCCCUGCUCCAGCCAAGUCCCUCCGUGACACUAGGUUGUAAACACUUUGAUUCUUUAAUGAUUACUAAGAUUCUCUUCCUAUCUAACUGAUCUUUUGGACAUUCUUUUCUACUUUUACAUUUACUCUAUUCUACAUGUCUCAUUUAGUCCCUUUUGAAUGUAAAGUUGUGAUUUAAGCUAUAUAAUAAAUUCUGGUAUGUGUGUC